AUGUCUCUGUGGAUGAUCCUUCCUGUCAGCCUGCCUGUCUUCACCAUCACUGGAAUAUGGCUCGUAUACGCAAUGGCCUUGUACAACCAGCACGUCUGCCCUGUGCACAACUGGCUUUAUAACGAGUCCUGUGAGGAGCCGCUUCAGUUACAGAGGGAUCCUGUUCUGUGCUGCACCCUGGAAAACAUUCCACUCAUCAGUAAAUGUGGAACGCUGCCGCCUGAAAGCUGCUUUUUCAGCCUCAUCUGCAGCACCGGCUCCUUCAUGGCGAUGCUGAUCGGCCUCCUGCGAUACGCCCACGUGAUCGAGCGGCACCAGAACUGUGUCCUCAACAUGGCCGGCCUCUCCACCGGAUGGAUCUGUGCCACCGGGCUCAUCAUGGUGGGAAACUUCCAGGUGGAUUUCGCCAAGGUGCUGCACUACGUGGGCGCCGGCGUGGUGUUCCCGUGCAGCAUGCUGUUCGUGUGUCUGCAGUCGGCUCUGACCUACCGACUCGCCAAGACGCAGGACGAGUUCCGCGUGGGACACGUGCGCGUGGGGAUGGCGCUGCUCGCCCUGGUCGCCCUGGUGUUCAGUGGCGUGUUCUUCUGCCAGGAGAGCUUCGCCCUGCAGCACGCCUCCGCCAUCUUCGAGUGGCUCUACUGCUCGCUCAUCAUGCUCUUCUACGGGACGUUUGCCUUCGAGUUCGGGGGCAUGUCGGGCGACACCCUGCUGGUCCUGUCCCGGGGGGGGCCGGGGGUGCAGAGCUUCUCCGAGCACAAGGCCGAGGGGGGCGGGGGGGCCAACCACCAUCAGCCGGAGAGUUUAUCCAUCCUGUAG